AUGGAAUAUUUUAAGAUUAAUGUUGAUGAUGGGAUUUGUGACAACUAUUCAUCAAAAUUGGUGUUGGAUAACGAGAGAGGCGAGCUGGUUAGGGCGGCGGUGGUGAAGAGUGGCCGAGCAAAGGUUGGUAACGCGGACAAGGCUUUGGUGGCUCUGAGGAAUCAUAGUCUGGCUGAGAGGCGGCGGAGGGAAAGAAUCAACGCUCAUUUGGCCACCCUCAGGACUCUUAUUCCUGGAACAGUUAAGAUGGACAAAGCAGCACUAUUGGGUGAAGUUGUGAAUCGAGUGAAGGAACUGAGACGAAGCAUGGUCGAAGCUACUAAUGGUGCACUUGUCCCGACAGAAGUGGACGAAGUCAUAGUCGAACAACACAAAGACGAAAACCCAAACAAUUGUAAACCAUCAUCCGUUUCCAUCCGGGCAUCUCUUUGUUGCGAUUUUACUCACGAGCUUCUCUCUGAUUUAAGACAAGCUCUCGACGAAACCCUACCAUUGAAUGCGAAUAUCACUAGGGCUGAGAUAGCUACUAUGGGGAGUAGAAUGGUGAAUGUUUUCUUGAUUUCAGGACAAAAUGACGCUACAAAUAAUGCUGAAGAUAUCGGAGAUCAAGAAAGCCAACUUCUUAUUACUUCCGUGCGUCAGGCGCUUCUGUCUGUUCUCGAUAAAUAUUACGCAUCCGAAGAGUUCUCUUCAGGAAAUAUAGUGCCCACUAAAAGGAGAAGAGUUUCCCCUUUCGAUUCUUCGAGUUCAUCUUCUUUGGGAGAUAUGUGGUGA